CGAUUACUACUAUAAUGUCCAAUAUAUUUAAAAAGGACGGGUUCGAUUACUUUACUCAAACUUUUGUAGGCGAUUGGAAUCCAUUAGAUUAUCAUAUUUUUUGGAAAAACACCUUAUCAGUUGAACUAGAUAAAGCAACGGUAACAAGGGCUUUUAAUGAACAAGUCGAAUGGUUUAUAGCAAACGGCGUCGAGAACGAGCAGGAGAAGGCGAAAUAUCUAAAGGAACAAUUUCACGCCAAUCGUGCUCGUUUAGAAUUUUUUGAAUCACAGAAAGGUGGUCGAGUAUAUCUUUUCUGGGAAGAGGAAAUGCACGCCAAAAAACUUGACAUAAUUGAAAAAAACGCUUCUAUCAAGAUCCGAAGCUUUCAAGGGUCGGAGAGCGAAAAGAUAAGAUUCGAUGACAAUGUUGCUAAUACUUCUUCCAAAGGCACUAGCUCAGAUAGGGUCGAUUCCACUGAAAGACUUCGGGCGAACGAAAAGUCAGUUUAUGAAAAUAACUUGAAAAGAAAAAGGGACGAUGAUGAGUCGGAUUAUCAAGGGUUGACGUUAUUAUUUGAUGAGUCAAGUGAAGACGCUCUUAUAGAAAGUAUAGACGAAAAAUUACUUGAACAAGAGAACAAAUUGCCACGGGCAAGUGGUAAUAGCUCCUCAAAGGUUCGACAAAAAAUUAUGGAUGCGAACAUCAUUGAAGCCUUUCAGAAAUAUGAAAAUAAAAUUCCAAAAGCCCGUAGGAUUUUCACACCUGCAUAUUGGGGAGUUAUGGAUUUAACCAGAGAAAGUUUAUUUGACUGUAAACAGCUAACAGAAGAGGAUAUAAUGCAAGUGUCGCAAGAAUUCGCCGAUAAAAUUUCCUGGAAAACAAUACCACCAGAAAAGAAUAUACAAGAAUAUUUUGAUAAUAAUUGUGAGAAAAAGAUGAUUGACAAUCAUGAUAUUAAAAAACUAGAUGUAAACAUCCAGUUUAUGAAAAGCGAUGUACAUAGUUUCCAAGGAAUGAUGACGGAGGAAGAGCUAAAAAUGAGCUCUACGUUUCCGCUUUUUCGUGGGGUAUUUAAUUCCGAUAAGAUUAAGAAUGCUUGGGGAGAAAUUCAAGCUUUAUCUACAAAUGACGCGCGUAACGAAGGGGGAAAUCCGUUUAAAAAAGCACGAAUAGGAAGACGUGUUGAUAUGAAAAGUACUCUCAUCAAAACAUCUAAUAAAUUCGAAGUAAUUUAUGGAGAGGUUGCUGGGGGUUUGGGCCCGUUUGGAUUGCCCACUGCAUGUCGUAGAAAGCGUUAUCUUGAUAAGGUAAAACUUAUGAUAAUAAUGCGGGACAGUAUAAACAGACUGCUAAAAGAAUGUAAAUACGUAUCAAAUGAGGAACGUAUGAAUUUAAUUGUAUAUGGGUGGCUCCAAAUAGGUCUAGAAGUGAACUUCUAUGCCAUGGACUGGUUAGGAGCCGGCAUAUACAGAUUUGGCUUAGUUGAUCGAUGUAGAUUACCAUCAGAUGAGGAUGAAUUUGGGAUGCUUGAAGAUUCGUAUUGCAUCCUCAAGUUACUUGAGAAUAAAGUGCUUGAGAUUGAGAAAGUAGUUAAAAAAUUACUUUUAGAAAACACAAAGGGGAAACGAAGGCAAACUACAUCCAGAACUGAAGCGGAAUUGAAUGAAAACCGCACCCCCCAAAAAAUAAAACCAAAUCUAUACAAAUUGGGAAAUGUAUGGUAG